AACAACAUCCGCCAUAUUGGUUUUUGAAGCAAAAUGGUGGACAUUGGUUGACAACGAAAGGACAAUUAUUUGAAACAAGCUAACUUACAUCGUAGGAAUCAAUUGCCAGUGAUAUAGAACACAAUGGCUAGUACAACACAAACUAUAAGAAGGCCCCUGCCGAAUGCGUCCCGUACCCAUGAUUAUUUGUAUGAUCAAAGCUAUAUCCUCUCAUCAGAGAGAGAUCAUGGGCGGGCAACGUUCCAGGCACACACCAGCACUAGCCGUAUUAAACGGGUGCCGGAGUACAAGACGAUGUUCUCAGAGCUGCGACACUUCCCAAGAUUUGGAGUGCGCCUGGAUGUGACGGAUCCUGUUCCUAAGUCGAUGAACAGAGAAUGGAGAGGCUAUGGGGAACAACACAGAGAGAACAUGAUCCGGUACACAACGUUCAACUAUGACCCGAAUGUACAAGUUCCCAAGCAGGAUCUCACAGACUUCCACAAUGCCGAUGUUAUUGGGAGGAACCGAUUCCUGUAUGCAAAAAGGCCCAUCAUUCCUUUCCUGCAGCAAGUUCCCCCUGAAGUGUUACUGGCCACUGCAAGACAAGACCCCCUCGCUGGCCCUGACAAUGUGAUUGCCGAGAGGGCGCCCACCCCGCCCACCAAAACCAUCGAGACCCAAACAGACUACAGGGACUCGGAAGCUCAGACCGAUCCAUACACGCCAGAGUAUGUGGUACGACCCGGAGAAGCCCCCGAGCUCCUUACACUGGCCACUUUGUCUUUUGGUCGUGGCUUGCCUGCUGGUUUGGCUGAAGUUGAGAUGAUUGAGCGUGCCAGAGCCAAGAGGGCAUGGGAAGCGAACCUGCCGCCACUCAGCGACGUGUCCCAGCUGGACAAGAGGAGGAAAAUGAUGGAUGAGAUGGAGAGAAAGGAAUGGGCCUUGCGAGAGCAAGAAAUUGAAAAGCUACAAGAGGCUCGACUGGAAGUUCUGAAGCAGCUGCUGAAACAAAGGGAGGAAAACCACCAGGAGCUGAACAUCAAGAGACUGGACAAACUAUGGGCCGGCAAGCAGAAGGCUAAAGAAGCAAGAGUGAAAAAAAUUAGAACUGAGCACAUCAAAGCUAUUCGUAAGAUGACUGAGAAGCGGGCACAAGUUGAGACUUCUUUCAAACGAAGGGCAAUAAUUCAAGAGUAUGCGGACCCAGGCUCGCAGACUUAUGCCCCCUUGACAAGAAUUGGCAUCUUCCUGGACCGCGGCUCAGAGCAGUACUUGGUCAAGUCGAGACAUUUGUCUACAUAUCAGGGACUUCUUGAGCUUGAAGCGUCACUGCCAGAUUUCGUCAUGUACCCGAGGGUCAGGGCUCCGAAACCAUCCACCGUCACCAAGACAGGAUUCAUCAAGAGGAAGUAUCGCAAGGAAAGAGAACUCACUGAGGUGUACGAGAUGAUGAGAAAAGCAAGGCUUGAGGCUGAGGCUAUCAAGGAUGAGAAAGAACGUGGGCAAGAAGCUGCGAAACCGCUGAGGUUCUUGCAGAGAAUUGAACGACCCAUUCCUCGACCCCCGACCCCGGAGAUUGACAGUCUCGAUGAGGAAGCAAUCAAGGCUGAGGAGAACAAGCAACUGGCCGUGAUCUUCCUGCAGCAGAUCAUCCGAGGCCGGGCCAUACAGAACAAUAUGUUUGAGGGCAAGGAGAAGCGCAAGGAGCUGAUCAAGGAGCUGCGGUCGACCCACGCCCUGCAGGAGAAGGAGCAGGCAAUGCGGAAACACGAGGAGAAGGCCACGCUGGCCCUCCAGAGGCAGCGGAGGCUGCACGAACACAAGGAGUCUCUUAUUGACGAGUCCUUGGCUGAGCUGGAGAGCAACAGUCUGGGUGAUAUGUUUGACUUCCUCACAAAAGAGCUGGUGCGACUUCAGGAGGAGAGGAGGAUCCACGCCUUCUCCAUGCUGGCUGAGAGGCAGAGGAGGAUCCGGGAGGCGGAGGAGAGCGGGAGGAGGCAGGUGGAGAUCCGCAGGAGGAGAGAGGAGGAUGAGAUCUUCAAGCAGACGUGACCAGCUGGAGUCAGAGGAGAUUGUUGCGGACCUGGUUCAUUGCUUCCUCAUCCCAGAGGCGAAGAAACAAACUGUCAGAGAAAAAGUUCGCCGUAACCAGAGACGCUUCCUGCUGGCCGCUCACAAAGAGGUUCACAAGGAUGGAGAGGAGCUGAUCGGCACCUACAGCUUUAAGAAGGAACAGAAAGAGGCAGAUACUGACGAGACAGCAGAACAGCAGUGAACAGCAGUGAACAGCAAGCAAGUAGCAGACACUCUUUGUGAUACACAUAACACGCUGCAUACUGAGGAAAGGGACUGUGGGUGUGGUUUUUAAAAAAUAAAAUACAAAAUCAACAAAAUUUCUGAAAAAGAAACUUUAAGCACACUCUUUCUUUUUUAAACUGCGGAAAAUGUACUUUGCCUCAGUGUUUUCAAAAUGUGUACUACUAUGGGCUUUUCUUCUGUGAAUAUGAAAUGUACUUUUAUUUUACACUUUUACACAGUGGCCAAAUAAGUGUAUAAAAACAUAUUUCAUACGUUUUUGGGGGACAGUGUAAGGAAGUCCAUUUUCGUUAUCGAAAAGCUAUAUUCUUUGUUUUAUAGUAUUGCUUCUUACUAACUCGCUGAUCUCAAGAAAAAUUAUGAGCUUUCGAGAUCUAAUUUGCGAAAGAUUAUGAGAACGAUGCUUAGACGUUGACCAAAGGAUCAUUUAUUGCCGAUCUACUUUGAACAGCUUGAAGUUAUGGAAUGUAAAAAGUGUGUGUGUGUGGAGGUUUGGAGGGUGGUCACUGUGCCAAUGCCCACCAUUUUGCCCCACUGUGUGGAUAGUCUUUUUUUUUUUCUUUUUGAAAAACUAGUGGCUAUCCUUUUGAUUUCCAAAUUAGAAAAGGCUGUGAAGAGUGCCAUGGUCCCCUCAACUUAACGGACUCAUUCACUUGAGUACACUCAGGAAGACUGUAUAUUCACCCCACUGCAUGCGGAGAUCUGCCGUGCGCCGACCAAACACCUUUUUAAUACCCUACUUGUAUGACAAAAAAAUCAAAUGGAAACUUUGACUAGUUUUUUUAAUAGAGCAGAAUUCGAAUUUUGGAAGAAUCCUUUUUGAAAAUAGUUGCGCUGACAAAAAGACUCUUUAUCUCGAAACUGCUGCGAAUUAAAAAAGGCGUUUUUUCAGCUGACAGCAGAGAUGUGUGUUAGAUGUGCAGGAGGGUAACGUGCAGUAACACACAUUCAGGCAUGCCUUCAGGCCCAGAGGGUCAAGGGACCAAAAUGUUUUCCUUUGAAAAAAUUGAUGCUGUUUGAAAAAAAUACUAUAAUCUAAUCACAGAUUCCCACAGAUUCCACGAGUAUUUUGUGCUUAUUUACAAAUGUUUGAAGUAUGUGCUCCCACGCCAACGUUGGAAACUUUAUUGACAGGGGAAAUUGAAAAAUAUUAGUUUUUAUGUUUUGAUGUUUAUUAUCAUGAACUGAAAAUAAACUAGUUGAUUAAUAUUUAUGUGCACUGAUGUUUUUAGUUGGGUCUUGUAUUAAAUGAUAUAUUUCAAAGAGAUAGCUUUGAUUUAUUUAUAAAUCUGAUUUGAAGCUCAUCCACCGACCCUCCUAUCUCUUUCUCCCUCUGAAAGAUUUUUUAUGUGUUACUGUUUUUCUUGCAACCUGUAAUGUAUACUCACUAAUGCCUUGAUGAUGAUGUCUACGAACUUUGUUUGUCAGUUGAGACCGCUCCUGGUGUACUUCUCUAUAUGAUUUAAUCAUGUAAUGUCUUUUUACUUGCGUUGUGUUUAAAUUUGGGGUAUUUUUUAUAUAUUAUUUUGCUCAUAUAGUGGUAUAAGGCAUUUAUUUUCAGCCUAGAAACUGUGUGUUAAGUGCUACUGAUGAGGCAGUGUACAGACUUUAUAUCAAGAUAUUUAUUGAUUCACCUCUGUUUUAAUCCUCUUUGGGGCCACCUGUGAUAUUGAUCGACAGCAUUUUUUUUUCAAAUUAUAUCGGCUUUAAAAGCAAUCUUUGUAGCCAACAGUAUGCUGAUUUUACAGGAGACAUGAUAAACAUUUCAAAUACCAGUAUUUCUGUACAUAACUUUGUAUUGAUCACCACUAAAUGCAGAUGAGAAGGAAAAUGGAAUAGUUCAUAAUUAUUGGCCUAAUCCUUUAUGACACUCAUUGUCAAUAUAGGUUCAAUCACAGCUUUCAGGGUUCGGAGGUUCAAGCCUCAGCUCAGUACAACGUUGUGUCCUUGGGAAAGGCGCUUAACUCGCAUUCCCAUUUCACUCGGUCCUUUCGGAGAUUGAUGUUAAACUCUGAGGUCCGGCCUCUUAAAUAACUUAAUAGUAUUGAUAGGGGUGAUAAACCUAUUCCAUUUUUAUCAUAUCGUUUCACAGCUUUCAGAAAGUGAAAUGCUGACAUCUUGUAGAGGGAAUUCCUCAUGGUCUAAAUGAGGGUUUGAGGGGAUGAGGACAUUUCACUGUUGUAUAAAUGGAGACAAUUAUAUUAUGUAAUAUCAAUGAUAGAAUGAAGUGGCACUUUUAAAAUUGCCUUUGGUAAAAUGGGCAAAAUUUAAAGUCCUGUUUCUGUUACUGUUUAGUUAGACAUCUGAUCUUUUUCAUUCAACAGUGCGGUUUGCUUUUUUUACUGUAUUAUAGUAUCACUAUCGCAUUUCCUAUGUAGUGGAUGAUGCCCAUAAUUCGUAGCUUUACUUUUUUUUUCUCCCUAUGGCUUAAAGAUUAUUCUUUUUUAAAAGAAAAAUAUUAUUCUGAAAUAAAAAGAUAAAGGGAUCUUAGUCUUUUAAAAAAAAUAACUGACAACUGCUUUUGAUUAACUGAGCUUCGGUAAUGGAAACUUACCUUGGGGGUUCUUUUUUCUCACAGUUUGAUCUGUAUGGAGACUUUAGGUGAUAUUCUAAGAGUCAAUUUAAUGGCCCUGUUUUAAUUGAUUGGUGGAAUUGGUUGGUUUCUUUUUCCCCAUUUGCAGGAAUAGACAGUCUUAACGGAAGAAUGUAAUUUGCACAUGGUCUUAAAAAAUUAUCCGUCCAGAUGUAAUAUUAUGAACCAAUAAAAUAUAAUGAAUAGAAUACUGAA